GCACUUCAUCGUAUAUCUUCAAAACACUUCUUCCAUUCAAAAGAGUUCUUAUAUGAGAACAUAACUAUUUCAAAUGAAAUCGCAAUCUUUGUUCACGAUUCUUCUUCUUCUCCAUCUCCUUGUUAGUAGUAGUAAUGGUUUGCGAAUAGACCUCUUCAACGAUGUGGCAAGCGGGUCCAGCAUACCGGACUGCUCGCACGCGUGUGGACCAUGUAGACCAUGCAAACUCGUUGUGGUUACUUCCACGUGCUCAGCCUCCGAGGCUUGCCCUGUAGUUUACAAGUGCUUGUGCAGGGGCAAAUUCUAUCACGUGCCUUCCAACGCCUAA